GUGGGGCGGGCCGCCCAACCGGUCGCUCCGGACGUUUCCCGUUAUUGAAUGGAGCGUACCCGAGUGGAACAACAGGUAGUAAUAUCAAGGCGUCUUCCUCUUUAGUCCUUCUUCUCUUUUCCCCUUUGCCCUUGUUUGGAAGCGGAAGUUGGAGUGAAGAAAGUGCAAGGAUGGGCAGCCAGGCAGCUGCCGGGCACUUGGAGUUGUAGCUUCCUUCGUGAGUGUUUGCGACGGGCUUUUGCCGUUCUUGGACACUUCGGGACGACUCUUUGGGGUCCAAAUCGGCUUCGUGUGCACAGGACGCGGCCCUGUGGGAGUGAUGUGCAAGCUGAUUUGAAAUCGAAAGGAGGUCAUGGAGGUUCUGCGCAAGUCGUCGGCGUUCGCCGCCGAGGUCCUGGAAGUGUUUGAGCGAUCCCUGACGGAGAAGGAGCUCGUGUCCCAGGCCAAGGCCUUGUGCCGAGACUUCAUCGUGUCCAGACUUAACCAGAACGGGCUGGCGUGGUCCAAAAGCGAGCUCAAUCUGAUGCCUUCCGGCGCCGCCCUGGCCGACGUCUCCUCUGUGCUGGUCUGCCUGGGUGACGAGCUGGAGCGCAUCCUUCCCAGUUUAUACAGGAAUGUGGCGUGCCAGCUCAACAUAUCCGUUGCCAUGGAAACCAUGGUUUCAGACGCCUUCAUCGGCGUGGCCACCGAGAUCUUCUCCACAGGCAUCACGUGGGGCAAAGUGGUGUCCAUGUACGCGGUGGCCGGCGCACUGGCCGUGGACUGCGUCCGCCAAGGACACGCUAGCACGGUUCAAGUCAUCGUGGACAGUCUGGGCCAGUUUGUCCGCAAGUACCUGGCCCAGUGGCUGAAGAGGCGCGGUGGAUGGCUGGAACUGACAAACUGUGUAGUGAAAAAGGACCUUUUCCCCGAACACCGCUGGCUGUCCUCUGCCCUGGAUUCCUUGCGAUACUACCUCACUACCAUGUACGUGUACAUCAUGAAGGAAGCGUGACCACCACCAGUCCAUCGUCCGACACAUACAAAAGACACUCGCAGGGACCCGUCAGUUUUUGCUUGGGGUUGCCGGGCUGAGAACCGCCUACGGCAGCUGGAUGCCUGUCAAAGAACGUUUUCCUCGGCGUCACAUGAGGACUGGGCUUCAUCCAAAGUCUGGUCACAAGACACCCAAGGUGGUAGAACGUUUGUAUUUAAUCGCACUGGUGCAUGUGAGAUGAGCAGGGAAAGAUUUUCGCUCAGGAUUUUACACGAGAGAACUGCAAUAUUAUGUCUCCCUUCUUUCGUCUAAUUGCUUCAGGGCAAGUGUUUUGGGUCCUUUUUGAUCAAAAGUGCAGACUUCACAUUCACCAAUGAAUGCUGGGAUGCUUUUUUUAAUCAUCAUAUGUACAUGCACACAUUCAUGGUGUUUUCCUUUCCUUUUAAAUAUGUACAUAGAUUUAUUUAUGAUUUUAUUUUGGAAAUAAUAAAAGCCAUUGCAGUGUAUUACAAAAACAGAUGCAAGAAAGCGCUUGAGAAUGAUUGCGUGACAUGCUCGUUUCUUUUUCCUCUUAAAAUGUUUUUUUUUCUGAAAUAAAUCCUACAAUCCUGCAAAUAUA